AUGACGCGAAGAAUAGUCCGCACCCUUACACAGCUUGGAGCUGCUUUGACAUUCACCUUCGUUGUCAUCUUCUUCCUCGACAGGAACUAUCGAGUUCUGCCCAAUGCGAUCCACGGGUACAUGCCCACGCACCACCCCGGACUCGUCAUCACCGACGUGACAGUCGUAACAUGCUCAAGUCUAAACGUCUUUUCGUCAUGCGAUCUCGAUCCUACCAUAUGGCACCGUAUCGACAAGGAACUCUACCUCGGACGGGCCUGGACGACGACCGCAUAUCUCUACAUCAAUCGCAAACAUGAAGAGGAUCUCACGUCCGAAGACAAGGUCGUCAUGGACAUCUCCGUCGGACGAUUAAACCCGGCGCAAGCGCAAGAGGGCAAGGCACCCAAGGCUGAAGAGUGGGAGUCCCGACCGGGCGGCCUCUGGAUCAAGCGAUCCGGCAGCAAAAAGUCCAGCGACUCCGACGACGUCAUCACCGACGUUGACGUCCUCUUUGGCGACGACGCCGCCGAAGCUCGUGACGGAUGGUCGAUAAUCGGAACGCCGCUCCUUCUCGACACUGGCGGACCGCUUCUCAGCGUCCAUCUCAGUGUCCGCCGCGGCACGCCCAAGGAGCGCAAGAAGCCCGAGCCGAGAAUAAAGUCGAAUGGCAAAUUCAAAAUCAUGCAGAUUGGCGACUUGCAUCUCAGCAACGGCGUAGGCGAAUGCCGUGAGCCCGUCCCCGAUGGCUACGCAGGCGGCAAAUGCGAAGCAGACCCCCGGACCCUCGACUUUGUCAGAAAGAUGCUCGAAGAAGAAAAACCCGAUUUCGUCGUUCUCAGCGGUGAUCAAGUCAAUGGCGACACCGCACCCGACGCACCAACCGCCAUGUUCAAAAUCAUAUCCCUCCUCAUCAAGCACAGCAUUCCAUACGCCGGCAUAUUCGGCAACCAUGACGACGAAAAAACCAUGUCGCGCGCCCGCCAAAUGGCCCUCAUGGAAACCCUCCCCUUCUCGCUGUCCCGCGCAGGACCAGCCGACAUUGACGGCGUAGGAAACUACUACAUCGAAAUUCUCGCCCGCAGCGGCUCCCACUCCGCCAUAACAAUGUACCUCAUGGACACGCACUCCUACUCCCCAGACGAGCGCAAGUACCCCGGCUACGACUGGCUCAAACCCAACCAGAUUGAAUGGUUCCGCAAAACAGCCUCGGGCCUCAAAAAGGCUCACUCUGAGUACAGCCACGCCCACAUGGACAUUGCCUUUGUCCACAUCCCCCUCACCGAAUACGCGAGCCCCGAGCUCCCCCGCGUAGGAGAAUGGAAAGAAGGCGUCACAGCACCAGUAUACAAUUCCGGAUUCCGCGAUGCCCUCGUAGAGCAGGGCGUCGUCAUGGUCAGCGCAGGACACGACCACUGCAACGACUACUGCCUCCUCUCCCUCCAAAACGUCACCAAGCCAGAUUCCAAAGGCCAUCCCGACCAACAACCACCGCCGCAGAUGCAAAAACCCGCUCUGUGGAUGUGCUACGCCGGCGGCGUCGGGUUCGGCGGCUACGCAGGCUACGGCGGCUAUGUCCGUCGUCUGCGUGUCUUCGAAAUCGACACCAACGUAGCUAGCAUAACGACAUGGAAGCGCGUCGAGCACGGCAAGACAGCCGACAGGAUUGACAUGCAGAUCAUCGUUGAUGGCGGUAGACCUGUACCUCCACCACCACCACCGCCGCCAUCUCCUUCUGAGAAACCGCCCCCGCCGCCACCACCUCCCGUGCAAGAUAUUCAUGAAUAA